AUGUCUACCCCAAAGACGUCUCGCAAGAAAGCUACGCCCAAGGUUACCAAGCCAGAGCUCCCUACCGAUAUGAAGCUCCCUGCGGCCAAAUGGACGGAUAACGAUAGAAGUCUCAUCGGUCUUCUUCUUACAGCCCUCGAGGAGGACAAGUAUGUCAAGCGUGCUAUUUGGCCUGCUCCAGAAGAUAAGAGCACCAGCAUAAAGAAGGCCGUGGCCUAUCGCGAUAUAGCCGAUACCGUUUUUAGCGAACUUUCUUUCUUCGCCGAGUACUUUUAA